CGCGGGCGCGGCCGGGGCGGGAUGUGGCGGCCGGAGCCGCAGCCCGCGGGGGAGGCCUCGCCGGGCUGUCCCGACCUGCUGCGCCACGCCGGCCGCCCGCGCUCCUCGCUCUCCCCGCUCUACCUCAGCUUCUUCGAGGAGGAGUGCCGCGCCAUCGUCACCCGCCUGCGCCAAACCGCUGCGGCGGAAGCUUCGCCGGCCCCGGCAGAAGGCAGCGCCCUAUGGCCCAACCCCGCCGGGCUUGUCACCUCCACGCCGCUGCGGGACUCGCCGCCCCUCAGCGAGGGAGCUCCGGACAGCGCCGCGCCCGCCACCCCCCCGAGCACGGGGGGCCGCGAUGCCGCCACCCCCCUGGGCCCGGCCCGCGCGGAGCCCCCGGGCCUCCCGCAGCCCCCGGGCUUCCCGCAGCCCCCGAGCUUCCCGCAGCCCCCGGGCCUCCCGCAGCCCCCGGGCCUCCCGCAGCCCCCGGGCUUCCCGCAGCCCCCGGGCCUCCCGCAGCCCGCUGCCGGCGGCUGCCCCGGCUCCCAGCUCGCCUCUCCGCCGACCCAGCCCCGUAAGGUAGCGAGGCGUGGUGCCGGACAGCCCCCCAGCAGCAGGCUGGGCCCCGCGGCUCGGCCCCGCACCCCCUUUCGGUCCCCGGGCUGCGGCAGGCUGUCCCGGCCGCGGGCCUCCCUGGCUCUGCAGCUCCCCAGGGCCGGCAGGGCGCUCGGUGCCCCGCGGACCAGGCUCCCCCAGCCCGCAGGUACCAAGCUGAAGACGACGCUGGCUGCCAAGUCUAGGCUGCCGCUCCCCGGCGGGGCUUUGCAGCUGGCACAACCUUCUGCUGUUCCCAAACCCGCCUCCCGGGACACAGAAACUGCUGUCAAGGAUGGAGGUCGCAGGCAGCCCUCCCAGAGGUUCUCUGCAGCAAUUCCUGCUGUGGCAUCUCGCUCCCGACUGCGGUCGCUGGGAAAAGUGCCUUCCCCCAAACGCUUUUGCCUUGACCCCACUUCAGGAUCGACUACCCAGGAGCUGAUGGGCAAUAGGACCCAGGAGCUGAUGGGCAAUAGGACCCAGGAGCUGAUGGGCAAUAGGACCCAGGAGCUGAUGGGCAAUGGUGAGAGCAAAGAACAACUGGUUGCAGCAGGGACUGUCUUGGGAGCAGGUAAGGCUGACCAGACAUGGGUGUGUGUGGAGUCUUCUUUUUCUAACAAGUUGGCCCCUGGCCCGGCUCCAGGCUGUGGGGAUGGAGUCCCUGCUGAGCAGUCUGCAGGUGAUGAGCUGUCCCAGGAGCUAAAGCGUGUAAAGAAUGAGCUGGAGCGAGUGAAGGGUGAGCUUGCUGACAAGACUGCCCAGUGUGAAGCCUAUUGCCAGGUGAUCUCCUCCUUGAAGGCUCAGCUCAGAGCAGCAGGAAUCUGUCCAGAAGAUGCAGCAAUGGAGGAGAGUGGUGGCCUGGGGAAAGACUGACAGCUUGCAUACAGGGACAGAUUCAACAGCCCCUUGUUUGGCCACCCGAGCCACUGGACCAGUUACAUUUUUGGAGCUCUUGAAUGAUUGAAUUUUUCACCUCCUUGUAUUUAAAAUAAAGGUGUCUUUUUCUGGCAA